AUGCCCACAACCUAUCAAUGCGAGGCAUGGCUGGGGGAAGCUGAAGACAUGGAUGAUUCUUUGGCAGAAGCAGUGUUAUUUAUUCACAUAUAUUCGCACAUUAUACCUUUUGAUUCCACGGAGGAAGGUACCAGCAGUGCCGGCGUUACAAUUACAAUCUCGAAGGAGUUUCAAGCGAAAAGGGAAUAUCUAAUACAUGACGCCACUUCUUGGUCUACCAUAAUGAAUAUGCUUUCAGAGAUGAACAUGCCUUUAUAUGUUCAACCCAUAAUGAUAAUGAAAAUAGCAGAAUGUGCACAAGAAAGUCGAAACUUGGAACAAAAGGUUAUUCCCAUGUUUGUGCAUCUAAAGACUAUCCAGUCAACUAAUAGUAGUACAGGUUCUGAUGAGGCUGAUGCUUUCAUGGAGUCUUUCAACUCGCAGAGGUUGAGGUUCGUGGGCGCUAGUCGGUCAGCUAUUGAAGCAUUAGAGAAGGUAAAAGUUAAUAAAGAUUCUUGGAAGCAAUGUGCGAUAUGCUUGGAAGACAUUUCGAUUGGUAUGGAAGCUACCCGCAUGCCAUGUUCGCACAUCUAUCAUGGAGGUUGCAUAAAAAAUUGGUUAGAGAAUAGUAAUCUUUGCCCAUUAUGUAGAUUUCAGGUGGCCAGUUGAGUUAAUUAGUAGUUCAGUACGAUUUUGGCUUUGGAUAGAAUGUAAUGACUAAUGUAUUUAGUUUCAUUCCUUUACUUUCAAGCACCAAUUGUUCUUAACUAAAGUCAAUCAGGUGUAUCAUAUACCUGAUUUUGUAUAGUUUGGAGCUUUUCAUUAUUAGUUCAUGCCUUUCUUGAUCAGAAUGUACUACUUUUACUUCAGUUGGCAUGAUAAAGACUCCCUUACAGGUUCAACUACUUUGUAUGGGUACAUUUAUUCAUGUAAAGUGAUAUCAAAAUUAAUUCAUCAAAAUACAUACUAGUAUCACCUAAAAUUUGAUUUAAAGCCGUUUUAUAAUGAUUAAAUUAGUCUGUUAGAAGAAUAAAAAAAGAAAAUUGACCCAAUAGGAAUAAAUUUAGUU